CCCCCCCCUCGUGGUGUGUGGCAAUCUUCGCCAUCUAAUUAAGCGCUUUAAUUGAACCAUCGCACAGAUAGAAGACUAAGCAAUUGGCAUGAGUUAAUGACUCAUUCAGGCAAACCCUUUGCUCGUGGUUGUAAAUGGUACCACACAUGCAACACGUUGCACGGGUUUGGGGUGGAAAGAAAAUUGUAUCAUUGAAGAAAAAAAGAAGAAGAAGAAGAACAGCCAAUAAAACAAUCCAGUCAUGCAAUACAGAAGAUAGGGCUAACGUGGCACAUUCCGUGGUACCCACAGCAGGAGGUCCCCAUCCCCGCACUAUAUCGUGCGCAUCGUGCAAUCGCGCCAUUUGAAUCAUGUCUUUUUGGUCAAUUCCCCGGGUUACGAAACAAAAAGGGAGCAAAAUUCUUCAUUUGUUGGCGUGUUGUUUUGUCUUUAUAAUUUUUAAAAAUAGACAAACAUAUAAACUCCACUCUCCAACCUUACAUUCCCAAAGCGGGUCAGUAAGGGCAAAAUAUAUGAUCAAAUUAAUGUGAACGUUUUGUACCGCCACAAUGUUGUCGUGACUGGCGAUGAUUUAUAAACUCGUACCCAUGACUCCUUCUUGCACCAUGGGGUGAGACUGAUGUGUUGAUGGGUUAGAAGAAGUAUGAAUCCAUAUCAAUUCAUUGAUUAGUAGCAAUUCCAAUACCGAUUCCACGUGAUUACUUCAAAAUGUAGUAAAUAAUUGUCUGUAAAUUAGAAUUAAUCCAUCUCAUCGUAAGGAUCAAUCUUCCUUUUUUUUUGUUCUCCCCCCGAAAAAACCCGCCAAAGGAAAUCCCCGCGAACGUACACGCUCUCACAGUCAACGACCCGCGCGAGGUCAUACCUGGAGCGCCAAAAAACAUCCCCCUCCCCUCCACUUUCAAACAACAGUUCAAAAGAGAUAUUUUUAGCUGCACGAUACACAUUCACAACUUUCGAGGCACGAGGCUGAUAGUGAAACUUUUAUUAAAUUGCGACCCCUGGGUAGAAUGAGCAGCAGCAACCCUGCAACAAAAAAGGGUCAAUUUAUUCAGCCUGAAGUAAAACACAGUUUUACUACAAAAGGGUUCGGAUUAGGACCUAAACAGGUUGGGGGGGGGGGGGGGGGAAGAAAAGGGGGAACUGUUAGGAACUCCCUCUUGUUACUCCGUGAGCUUCCAAACCUAAAGACCUUAAUGUCGUAAUCAGGAGGAGGUUCCCCUUCGCUUCCCCUGUGAAAAGGGGUAGUAAUAGUUGUUUUUCUGUAUGCCGAUACUAUCACAACCGCCACCACCACCACUACCUACUACUACUGCUACUACUAGUACUACCAAACUACCAGCUACGAUUCCAGCUGAGCCCCAUCCUAGCCAUUGGAGCGACGCAGCAACGGCUGUUUACCGGAACUGGAACGAUCCAACCUCCGCUCCUCCUUCUCACCAUAUCAGACACCAGCCCAUCCAAGUGCCGUCCGCUUUUCCACCUUGCCUGCGUUCUGUUCGUGACAUCGUUCCUUCGUUCGCUUUUGCUACUUCGUCCCAGCGCCUCACUCGCGUACCACCGCCCUGCACAGAACUUUACGCGAAAAACUUUUCCCGCGCAUUCAACGGCGGGUUUCGAGCGAUGGAGACGGAGCUGCGCGUACUUCUACCCCUUAAACCUCGCCCUUUACCCGUUUCCGUCCCGAAACGCCGAAACUGACAGGCCGCAAGCCCAAGUGGAUGGCGGGGAGAGGGGGGACGGGGGGGUUUGUAGACUUUCGCGCUCGUCCUUUCCGUGACGAGCCCACCUCAAUGCACGGAGUCGGUGGUUUCGCGCCCGUGCUGCUGCUGCCACUAUUUUUAGUAUCCUUUCGACUCACGACCAGCUCAGUCACCGCCGAACGACGAUCCAACGAGGCGCGCGCCUCAUUGCUACUAAAAUCCACACAAACACACACACAUACACAAUCACACACAAAUACUGUUUAGAAGGAAGAGCGCCGCAGAGUAUGUGCACCGGGCGCCGUGUUCAGCCGCUUAGCCGCCUACCUCGAUUGGUUACGCGCAGCGUGCGAAUGGUGCAGUGCGAAAGUGUACCACUGUCGGUCGCAGCAGUGUAGAAGACGACGGGAUCUGUUUCGGGAGCCGCGCGCGCUACCUUCAGGCGAUGCACAUUCGGAUACGCUAGCAGCAGCACCUGCGGUCCUGUUUGCCUGCCACAGCGGACAGCGGUCGGUGGACAACCAGGACUGUUCGUUCCACUAGGUUGGAGUAGGUUCGGCCCAAGUUCGAGGUGUGUGAAAAGGAGUGAAAUUUCCAGCACAAAACUGCCAAAUCAGUUCAGUGAAGUAAGCAAGCAAGCAAGCCAGCCCUGUGGGGGAAAAGGACCAUGAUCAACCGUAGCAGCCAGAGCAAACCGAAGCCGAUCGUGCAGAAGAAGAGCACCGCCAGAAGCAGCGACGAUGGCAGCGAGGACUCGAACGAGGACACCUCGUCCGGUACGGCCGAGUCGGGCACCAGCUCGGACUCGGAGUCGGAGAUGGACACUACCGAGACGUCCUUCUCGUCGAAGAGUGCUACCGAGUGUGGCAACACCGGUGGUGGCAAUGGCCCGUCCUGCAAGGGCCAGCUCCAGGGCCAGCAGGGGCUGCUGCGGAUGAACAAUCGCAACUACGCGGUGUACUGCGGCGGCGAAGCGGAUACGAAAAAUUCCAAACACUUUUGCAAUCAUCACCACCAUCACCAUCAUCAUCACGGCGAUGAGGAGAGCAAGAAGGAAGUGAACUGUUGUAGAAGUGCUGCUCUCGACCAAAAUGCGCGCCUUGUACAUAGGCUCAAGAAAGCGAAGAAAACACUACCGAUCAGUAUUUGUAUACUAAACUGCCGCUACGACAUUAUCACGCGCGUGUGCAAACGACUCGGCUAUCGGCUGGUCGGCGAGUCCGACCUGUGGAACGUCUGCUGGACGGAUUCGUUCGUGGGCGUCGACUUCUGCCGCGACAUGCGACGGUUCCAGAAGGUGAACCACUUCCCCGGGAUGUUCGAGAUCUGCCGCAAGGAUCUGCUGGCCCGCAAUCUGAACCGGAUGCUGAAGCUGUUCCCGCUGGACUAUCAGAUCUUCCCCAAAACGUGGUGCUUUCCGGCCGACUUGGGUGAUGCCGUCGCUUACAGCCGAACGCAUCGCAGCAAAACGUUUAUACUCAAACCGGACCAGGGUUCGCAGGGGAAGGGCAUCUUUCUGACGAAAAACCUGAAGGAGAUCAAUCCGAAGGAUCGCAUGAUCUGCCAGGUGUACAUCACGAAACCGCUGCUGAUCGACGGGUACAAGUUUGAUCUGCGCGUCUACACGCUGAUCACCUCGACGGAUCCGCUGCGCAUUUUUGUCUACAACGAAGGAUUGGCUAGAUUUGCCACGAACAAGUACAAGGAACCGUGCGUUACGAACGCGUCCAACACGUUCAUGCACCUGACCAACUACUCGGUGAACAAGUACAGCCGGACGUUCUCGAACGACGAUGAGGCCGGCUCGAAGCGACGCUUCUCCACGCUCAAUCGCAUCCUGACCUCGGAAGGCUACGACAUUGCCGAGCUGUGGAGCAACAUCGACGACGUGAUCGUCAAAACGGUGAUGAGCGCCUGGCCAAUGCUGAAGCACACGUACACUGCCAGCUUUCCCACGCACGACAUCAUCCAGGCGUGCUUCGAGGUGCUCGGGUUCGACAUCCUGAUCGAUCACAAGCUCAAACCGUACGUGCUGGAGGUGAACCAUUCGCCAUCGUUCCACACGGACGAGGCGAUCGACAAGGAGAUUAAGGAGGCCCUCAUCACGGACACGUUCAUCAUGCUCAACCUAAACGGGGAGGUGAAAAAGCGGGUACUGGAGGAGGACAAACGGCGCAUCCAGAACCGGCUGCUGCAACGGUUGCGCGAUUAUUCCAAGCAGACGGCUAGCAAGGAUCAGCAGCAGCAGCAGCAGCAACAGCAGGGACAGCAGGGCCAGCAGGGAGGGCAGCAGCAGCAGGCUCAGCAGCAGCAGCGCGACGCGAACGAUCCGGACGACGAUGGGUACGGCGAGGAGGGGAUGGGCCCGUGGGCCGAACAGAUCAACUGGGAGGAGACGCAUCUGGGCGGGUAUCGGCGGAUCCUGCCCGCGCCCGGCGACCCCAACCGCUACCUGCAGUUCUUCAUCGCCCAGAGCCAGGCGUCGGUGUACAACGAGACGGCGGCCAGCAAGCGCCGGGAGGAGUGUGCCAAGCAGCAGCGCAUCGAGCUGGAGGAGCGCUUCCGCCUGAACCAGGCGAUCCUGCACAAGCACAAUCCGAAGCUGCAGAAGGGCGGCGGGCUGGGUGCGGGCGAGGAUGCGGCCGGCGGGAAUGGGGCGGGCGGUGGUGGUGCCGGCGGGGUCGGGGCGGGCAAGAAGAAGCUCCGCAAGCGCAAGGUCGCGAAGGUGGCGAAAAAGCACGACGAGUUCAUGCCGGACCAGAUCGCGGACUACGAGGAGCGGGAACGGAUGGCGCUGCUGGGGCAGCGCGAUUUUCUCAUACGCACCUGCGGGCUAGUACAGAGCAUAUACAUCAACUUUCACCGGAACAAGCUGCUCACGGAUUCGGACCGACGCAAGUAUAAGGAAACGUACGCGAAGCUGAUCACCAACGAGCAUCUGCCACAGUCCGAGUCGUCCCCACAGUCCAACCAUACGUUUUCGACCAUCCACAGUACCAGCACGGUGGCCGGUUCGACGUCAACCGGCGGUUACCAUGGCUACGGUGGAGUGACAGCCGGUAGCAACAACAACAACAGCAACACCACAACCUGCCUGCCCAGCCUUGGCACUGCACAGCAACAACAGCAGCAGCAGCAGCACUCGUCCGGCUCCUCCUCCUCCACGAACCAGCUGCAGAAGCUGCAGAUCAAAAGCUUGGUCGCGAUCAACGACGUCACCUCGUGGAUGCAGUGCACGGAGGUGCCGGUACAGAGCCGGCCACCGCUACCGUACCUGCUAGCGACGCAACCGACCAACUACCGCAGCACCAAGUCGACGAUGGCCCGCCAGGUAACGAACGUGGUCAAGCGGCACAGCAUGGAAUCGCGCCAGUACUACACCUCGGACAAGCUCAUCUAGUAUUGACUCCGGCACGGCAACGAUGGGCCGUGCGAUAGCAUCAGCGCCGCCAACACUGCCGCCGCCGCCCGGGCGUUCCACUCAAAAGGGCUAUUGAACUGGCUGCAAAUCCACGAUGAUGCUGCCUAUUUUCUGCUAUUUUGUCGUCCUUGGCGAAGCAGGGUGUAUCCGCUUUCAUUCGCUCCAAAAGCUACUUUAAUCUCAACCGAGCGCAGCACGCAAACUGUGGACGGGAGCGACGCGAUGUGUUUGUGUAUGAUUGUUUGCUAUUUGUUUUUCGUAUUUUUGUUCUUUAAAGUUUUACUUCCAUCGCAUGCAAGGAAGCAAGAAAGCAGCAGCAACAGGAAGGGGACGGGGGGGAAUAUAGCGCUGAAACCGUUUGAUUAAAAAUUUAAUGUUUAUUAAUAAUAAAGGAAUAACAAAUAAUAAUCAUUAGCAUCUAUAUGUACACGGUAAAUUGAACAAUCUUUCGUUUCUCUGUACGGGGGCGGGUUUUUGCGGGUUGACCGUUGUUUUUGACAGUCCUAAAUGGGGAUGCGGCUGCCUGUGUGGCGGGUGGUUGCUUGUUUUGUGGUUUGUUGCUGUGGAUGAUCUUUGCGUGUGUCAAUGUAAACCAUGUUUCGAUUCACUCACUCUCUGUCUCUCUCGCUCACUCUCUUUCUCUGGUUGGAGUUGCAGCACCACUUUUUGUAUAAUUAAAAUAAUUGUACAAACUCUGCUGUCAAGCUAGCAGAAACGCAGCGGAAAUCAACGGAGCCUUGCCGUAAAGUUUGCGCAAGCACCUUCGAAAGGUUUUAGCACCUAUUAACCCAUUAUUGUUGCCUUCUUCUAAACCUGCCCUUACGAUUCACCUAAUAGGCAAGCUGCUUGUUAUUCAUCUUUAAGUUAAGCAACAGUUUGCCCAAAAGUGUCACAAAAGAAACCUGAGAAACACUUAUGAUAUCCUUUCGCGGACCACUCUUCUAUACAAUACACGGAACACGAGUGUUUGAGCAAACAUUUCUCCUGAGCUCAUUUUGAGAGCUUGGCCAAACAUGAAACCAGCAUUAAAUUAAAGCUCCGGCUCCCCUCCCCCCCUCUACUAUCACAUUCAUUGUCCUUCUCCACUGUUCACACUGCCCCAAAGCCUACUAUAAUCGUAACUAGGUGUGUGUGUGUGUGUGUGUGUGUGU